CUAUCCGUAGCUGACCUCUUUUUUCUUCCUCCAGCUAGCUAGCUAGUUAAUCAAAUCCACAGCUGCAGAGCAGAGGAAGAGGGACGCUCACAAAAUCUGACUGGCUAACUACAGUACCGAAACUAAUCAAAGGGACACCCAUAACGUUAGUACCCGAAUCAUCAAUCGGUUUUAUGACAAAAUAAACAAUCAGACUCUGCCUCUGGUAACCUACGGCAAAUCGCGGAAGCAUAAUUCAACGUGAACGGCUUUGACACAUCGCUGACAACAUGGCUGAAUUUCCCAUCGAUCAAAACAAACUGCCCGGAGUAAAAGAAGUGUGUCGAGACUUUGCUGUGCUGGAGGACCACUGCCUGGCCCAUAACCUCCAGGAGCAGGAAAUCGAGAGCCACUUGGCAUCCAACGUCCACAAGAGCCGUCUGGUGCAGCAGGACGUAGCAUUGGCCAAGCAGCUGCAGGAGGAGGAGGACCGGAGGGCCCAAGCCAAGGCCAAGAGACAGCACCGGGACAUUGAGCGCAGCGACAAUGAGAUUGCCCAGGAGAUUCAGGAGGAAUUGGUGCGACAGGCGGAGCAGCAGCGCAAGCAGGAGGAGAAGGAUGCGGCCAUCGCUCGUAAGCUGCAGGAGAAGGAGAUGAAGGAGGAGAGGAAGAGACAGAAGCAGCUGGAGGCCAACUUUGAGGAGGAGUACUACGAGGAUAAAGGAGCCAUCCGAGCCCCUCUGGACCUGGAUGACAAACCCAAACCUCGUUCGAACUCCCACUCGCCCGAGUCGGAUCCCCUUACCCCGGGCUCACGACGCGACCUCUCCCCUGAGUACGGUUCUUUUGAGCCUAGCAGGACCAGAUACCCCCGAUACGACCCUGUAGAGCCUAGCACCAGUGGUAGUUCCAGAUACCCCGAGCACCAUUUAGAGAGUAGGGGAGAGGGUAGCAGGAGCAAGCAUGGAGACCCAUACCCCGAGGACCACCUCUCCAAUAGCAGGGGGAAACAUGGGGGCAGGUACCCAGACUACCACCACCCCACCGAGGGUAGAAGUAGAGGGAAAGGGGGCCAGAGGAGCCGAGACCCCCAGGGGUCCCAGUCCACCUUCUACCAAGACAGCCAUGAUCCCAGGAGACACAGAGGGGAGGAGGGGGAGAGGGUGGUGAGGAGGAAGGAGAGGCCCAUCCGGCCUCCCCCGCCGUCCCACAACCCUGUGGAGAGAGACAAGGCCUGGGAGAGAGCGAGGGAGAAAGAAAGAGAGUGGGAGAAAGACAGGCAAAGAGAACCCAGGAGAAACAAGGAGAGGGAGAGCGACGCCCCGAGACACGAGGAGAGAUCGAGAGACGGACAGAGACACGGGCAGCGAUCGCGAGACCGAGAGCAUAGCCGAGACAAACACAGAGAAAAAGACAGACACCGAGAAAGAACCAAGAGCAGGGAGCGAGGUCUGGAUGAAGACUAUGACGAGCCCAUCCCCAGUAGCCACAGCCGGGCCUGGACUGUUGGUGGGGAGGAGGCCCCUGGCCCUGGGGAUGAUGGGAAGUGGGGGCCCAUGGCCAGGCUCUACUCUGGCCCCAGUGAGCUGUGUGAGGAGGAGGCCAGAAGGAGCCCCCGCCCCGGCGGGAUGGGGAGAGAAAGGGGGGAGAGGAGAGGUCACAGGGACCCUGGGGAGGGGCCCAGCAUGGGCACGGAGCGCUCCUACACGCACCCCGCUCCCAGGGAGCCAGGUCGUAUCGUGCAAGGAGGACCAGGGGGUCGUGGAGCGGUGGUAGUAGGAGGGGAGUACGGGAUGGGCGAGGCCACCCAGGGCAUCGCCAAGCUGGACCUGAGGGAGCAGGAGAUCCUGGACAUGGAGGUGGCCCGGAAACUACAGGAGGAGGAAGUCAAGGCAAGCAAGAUGGACAAGCGCGCAGCCCAAGUGGCUCAGGAUGAGGAGAUAGCCCGGCUGCUGAUGGAGCAGGAGAAGAUGGAGUACAAGAAGUCCAGAGAGAAGGAGAAGCAGGGGAUGAGGCUGGAAGAGAGGAGGCCAGAGGGAGGAGACUUCAAGCCAAGCUCAGAGGAGGUAGUGCGUCCCAGGUCACGAGAGGAGGAAUACCAGAGGCCCAGGAACCACCAAAAGGCUGCCAGGCCUCCUCAACCUCAUCCACAUGACUAUGAGAAUGUGGAGACCAGCUACAGGUACUCAGAGAGCCACUACUCUUCCCGCGCUCCAGCCAGACCUGAGGCUGCUUACAAAGGUACCUAUUACAGGCAGUGACCCUGGCUUCCUAAAUUAUCCAUCCGUGACUUUGUUGUUCCUUUUUUCUUUUUUUUACUCGUCGUUGCUGUAUUUGUAAAAACUCUGAAGACUUUAUAUUGACCAAGAGCCUUGGGACAAUGUACCUAGUCAUUGGCGGUGUGAUUCUCCAACAUGCUCAGUUGGCCGAGAGUUCGGGAAGCGUGCGGCUGAGAGCGGAAACCCAAACGCUUUCAUCAUCUAUCCCUUUUAUUAUUUGUUCUUUCUUUUAAUUGGUGCGACAGCCAAGACAACCCAAAGGAGAUACUUUGUGAUAUUCUACUCCUGCUGGCUUUUAGCUGUUGAGGAGGAGUAGGAUGAUGAUGAUUGAUGGUGGUGAUGAAGAUGAAAAAAAGAUAUGAAAGCGUUUCUGUUCUGCUGUAGUCGUCGUUUGCUGGUGUUUCCGUCCGUCUGUGGAUCAUGCUCAUCAUGGUGAAUCAAGCCUUUGCUGGAUAUACUGUAUAACUGUGCAAUCUCCGUCUAUCUAUCGCUGUCUAUGGAAUGUGCCUGUAUUUGGAGCCGAAAUGGCCGCCAUUGUACGUCUUUGAGUCAAGAUGGCUGCUGAAGCUUGUUUGAUGCAAAAUGGCGGGCGCGCUGCUUUUUGCACUCCCAGGCUCCAGUUCUACAAUCCUCGUAUUGUGCUGCACAUCUAGGAUGAACAACAACAUGACAGGCCCAGUCAUAUAUGUGCUGCGAUGCAUAUAAUAAUCCUUUUGAGAGACCCAUUUUUAGCAUUUUAUUCACAGAAAAUAAGAAAACCUACUAUAUCAGGAUGCUGGGUUUUUGGCUUUGUGUUUAAUGCUUUCCAGUCCAGAAGCGGAUGGUGAUCAUAUGUGGACUUCUGACUUGUUGCUGGCUGUAAGCUGUUUCCAUAUGCGUGUAUUUUUCCUGUGUCUUUCUAAGGGGCUGGUGUAUUUCCCUACUUGGAAUAAGGACUUGGAGGUGGAAGUGGAGUUUUAUGGGACAUACUGCUAUGGUUCAGUGUUUCUAGGUGCAUGCUUACUGAAAGUGUACUCUCCUGUGUGUUGCAUUUCUAUUCUCUCUGAGAAACUCUUUGACACUCCGUUAGUCAACGAGAGCCCAAGCCACCGCAAACUCAUCCACAUUUUUUUGUGGAUGAACAAAAUGCUAUUUUAAAUAUUGCCCUAAUAUAUUUGAUCGUAUGUUCCAUCAGUAUUUGAUAUAGUCUCAUCUGUUUACGAACUGGAACAGGUACAUGCUCUCAGCGCUAAGGCAACUGGACCAGUUGUGCCAAACAUAAAAUUGUGCUGGUCUUGGCAGGGCUGUAUUCACUAGGAAACAAAUGGGACAAAACAAGGAAUGACCUAACUGAAUUCGUCAAAUAGAAACUCUCAUUUUUGUUGCAAAACGUUUUCCGUUGCGAAAUGUUUUGCUACGAUGUGCAGUAAUGAAUACACCCCAGGUAGUUUUUUCCCCCCAACCAUCAGUGUCCAUUGGUGGAACGGUUGAUCUCGUUGUUGGUCACCUGUUAAAGUGCAAAUCAUGUCUGAAUUACUGUUUCUGCUCCCGAAAUGGGCUUUAAGCUCUGCUGGUCACACCAACCAUCACAGGGACAUUUUUUUUAUAUCUUAUUUUAUUUGGCAUCAGUCUAACAGGGCAUUUAUCUUGUUUCCUGUACAUUCCAUAAUAAAAUGCAUUCUCUCUGUCUCGCGCACACACACAUCACUCCCUCUGUCUGAGAGGGUUGUAUCACUUCCUGUGUGUAACAUGAGUAAACAUUCCCAGGGUAGACAUGCAUGAGAGUGUGGAGGGAAGUUUCAGUCAUCCACAGAAUAAACAGGGAAAGUGAGAAUGUGAUUUAAUUCUACUCAAAGGGACCUAUUGACUCAGACAGCUGUGUGACAGGGUUUACUGCUCCAUGGCCAGUUUAGUCAUUUUCUUGUCAUACUGAAUAAAGAUCGCAAUAGUGGGCAGUGGGAAUAGAGCACACUUUUUAUUAUCAGACAUCAUACUGUAAUAGGGAUACAUGUUGUAUCAAAUGGGUUACAGGAGACUAUAGGGACUUUUGGAUAUAGGAUGCAUCCCAAAUUGCACCCUAUUCCCUAUGUAGUGCACUACUUUUGACAAGGGCCCAUAGGGCUUUGGUAAAAAUGUGUUUACUUUGUAGGGAAUAUGGUGCCAUUUGGGACAUAUACAUAUUGUACUGCAAAUGGACAUGGUGCCACAUGUUCUCAUCAUGUAUUAUAAUUGUUUAUUGCACAGGUAUAAAGAGUAAUCCGACACUGUUCCCAGUUUGAUCGAAGUUAAAUGUUUAAUUAUGAUUCCGUUGUAUUUAAAAUUGUUCCAUUGAGUAAGCUUCUUUAUCCAAGUCUAUGCUGGUGCUUUUGUUGUUGUUGAUGUGCUUUGUCCAAGUUGGUAGCAUCUGCCCCGAGACUCUUCAAGACUCUUCUGACAUUUGAGAUGUGUAAAAUGUUCUGAAUGUUGGCUGGAUGAGAUUUCUGCCAUAAGUAUGAUAAUUUUCUGGGACUUGUAGAUAACGGGGAAUCUCUGCUCUUUUUAAGUUAAUAACAGUUGAGGAGGAUUGGUGUAAAACGCCCAGAACUAAGGGAUUUAUAUAUCCUUUCAUGUGAUAGUAGCACCACCUUGUGGUCAUAUUGAAUAUCAAAUUAAAACGUACAUUAUCUGAUCAGAUAAUGAGUGCAUAUUGGUGAUUGCUGUAUACUGAUUGUGCUAUAUGCUGUGAGUGCAAACCGAACCGAAAUCAAGUAACUUUUUCGCGAUCCAGGGCCUGUAUGCAGUUUACAAAUCAUAAAGACUACAACGUGUGUUGGCACUUAAUGUAACUGAGACUGUUUUGUAUCAUGAACUAAAUAAAGGUUUUGCUUUUACCAUCUCAAAACAAUA